GUUCGGCUGAGUCGUGGUUAUAUAGACCGGCGGCGGAGCACGCGUGUGUGCGGGCGCAGUUGCUUAAGGGUUUUCUGCAGUCCGUCCUGCUGUGGAGCAAAGCUUGUUCCUCUCCCGCUCAGCCGCGCAGGUUGAAUUGACCAAAGCAAUGGUGAUGGAGAAGCCUAGUCCCCUGCUGGUCGGGCGGGAAUUUGUGAGACAGUAUUAUACACUGCUGAACCAGGCUCCAGACAUGCUACACAGAUUUUACGGAAAGAACUCUUCUUAUGUCCAUGGAGGAUUGGAUUCAAAUGGAAAACCAGCAGAUGCGGUCUAUGGACAAAAAGAAAUCCAUAGGAAAGUGAUGUCACAAAACUUUACUAACUGCCACACUAAGAUUCGCCAUGUUGAUGCUCAUGCUACUUUAAAUGAUGGUGUGGUAGUCCAGGUGAUGGGGCUGCUCUCUAAUAACAACCAGGCUUUGAGGAGAUUCAUGCAGACGUUUGUUCUUGCUCCUGAGGGCUCUGUUGCAAAUAAGUUCUAUGUUCACAAUGAUAUCUUCAGAUACCAAGAUGAAGUCUUUGGUGGCUUUGUCACUGAGCCUCAGGAGGAAUCUGAGGAAGAAGUAGAGGAGCCUGAAGAAAGACAGCAGACACCAGAGGUGGUACCUGAUGAUGCUGGAACUUUCUAUGAUCAGACUGUCAGCAAUGACUUAGAAGAACAUUUAGAGGAACCUGUUGCUGAACCAGAGCCUGAUCCUGAACCAGAACCGGAGCAGGAACCUGUGUCUGAAAUCCAAGAGGAAAAGUCUGAACCAGUAUUGGAAGAAACUGCUCCUGAAGAUGGUCAGAAGAGUUCUUCCCCAGCACCUGCAGACAUAGCUCAGACAGUACAGGAGGACUUGAGGACAUUUUCUUGGGCAUCUGUGACCAGUAAGAACCUUCCACCCAGUGGAGCUGUUCCAGUUACUGGGAUCCCACCUCAUGUUGUUAAAGUCCCAGCUUCACAGCCCCGUCCAGAGUCUAAGCCUGAAUCUCAGAUUCCGCCACAGAGGCCUCAGAGGGAUCAAAGAGUGCGAGAACAACGAAUAAAUAUUCCUCCACAGAGAGGCUCUAGACCAAUUCGUGAGGCUGGUGAGCAAGGUGAUGUUGAACCUCGAAGAAUUGUGAGACACCCUGACAGUCACCAACUCUUCAUUGGCAACCUGCCUCAUGAGGUGGACAAAUCAGAGCUUAAAGAUUUCUUUCAAAAUUAUGGGAAUGUGGUGGAGCUGCGCAUUAACAGCGGUGGGAAAUUACCCAAUUUUGGUUUUGUUGUGUUUGAUGACUCUGAACCUGUUCAGAAGGUUCUUAGCAACAGGCCUAUCAUGUUCAGAGGUGAAGUCCGUCUGAAUGUGGAAGAGAAGAAGACUCGAGCCGCCAGGGAAGGGGACCGUCGAGAUAACCGCCUGCGGGGACCUGGAGGCCCUCGAGGUGGGCUGGGUGGUGGAAUGAGAGGCCCUCCCCGUGGAGGCAUGGUGCAGAAACCAGGAUUUGGAGUGGGAAGGGGCAUUGCUCCAAGGCAGUGAAUUCCCUUCUCUAGUCAUCAUGCAGCAGUACAAACCCUAACUCCUGCACAAGGGUGAAUUUCUUCAACCAGCCUUUGGUGUCUUGGAGUAUGACGCUAGUCUCUUAUAAACUGCUUACGUUUGUACACUUUUACUCCUCCUUGUGUUAAUGGUGUGUGCGCCCUUACCCUCCCUUUCCUCUCCUGAUCUUCUAGUCCUUCACUUCCAAUUUUGUGGAAUGAUAUUUUAGGAAAACAGAUUUUUAAAGAAGAAAAAAAAGACUGAAUUUCCUGGCUUACUUUGCAUAUACAGACUGGAUUUUUUUUUUUUUAAACAGCCAUUUCCCCAAAGGAAUGUGUCUUACUUAUUACUGACAUUUGGUAUGUUUCAUUCAUUGGAAUAUUUCUUAUACUUAUUUUGUACAUGUUUCAAAAGCCUGUAAGAAAUACAGGAUUUGAUAAAAACAUUUUGAAGUCAAGAAAAACCGAAAUUGUUUCUUGAGAGUCAUGACUACCUUCUGCUGUGGAGAAAUUGCCAUUGGAAAAAUUGACAAUUUUGAUUCUUGCUAGUAUGGUUAAAAACUGAAUAAAAAGUGUUAGUUUUUUUCUUUUCUUUUGAUAUCACAAAACAAUUUCAAAACCUACUGUUUUUUACCAUUGAAAUUUAAAUUGUGAGAUACGUUUUGAAUGUCUAGAAUGCAACCGAUAUGCUUUUCUCUUGAACUGUUUUUUUUUGAAGUAGAGUUUUUCCAUGUUUAAUUUGUAUUUGUAAAAAAACAAAACAAAAACAAAAAAAAUUCCCCAAAUCCAAAUAACAAAAAAACAGAGCAAAACUGUUGUGCCUUCUAUUUAUCUUUGACUCCAUUUUUGGCAAUUGUUUAAAGAAAAAUAAUAAAAAUAAAAAAUCUGAAUUUAUCAGGUUCAGAGUAUGUGGAGAAUUUGAGUCCCUCUUCACUUUGUAUCUUUUGUUAACAUUUGUUAUGCCUUAUUCUAAAAUUGAGUCUCAAACUGGAAUGCCUUUGAGGACAGAUGCUUCUAUAGAGGUCUUUUGACCUAAAUAUUUCAGCAUUUGUAUUAGGUUUUACUUUGGUAUCUAAUCAGAUUCCUAAUCAUAGCUCAUAAGAAGGAAUGUGACUUUAAUAUUGGACGUUGCUGAUGUGCUUCAGUGUCCACUAGUUUUUUUGUUUUUGUUUUCCUUUAAAUCAUAGCCAUGUGAUAAAUUUUCGAUUUUGUUAUGGUUCUGUUUUGUUGAUGGGCACGGAGUGGGUGUUUCUUGGAAUGGCCAAUUUUAAUUAAAAUAUUUCUGGAAGAAAAUUUAA